AGCUCGUUGGCGCGCGCACAAUAAUUGAAUAACAUGGAGUUCUAAAUGUAUUUUGCGACGCUUGCGCACGCGACGUGUCCGGUUUGGUCAGCAUGUUACCACUCAAACGCGUCCUAUGUGUCCAACUAACUAACGUACCAAGCUGCUGGACUUCUCUGAAUAAGAAAAUGAACGGUGUGUCUUUAAGGCGCCCUACUGCCCUGUAGAUGUGUGUUGCUGUGGCAGAGAAACUGACGCCCGGGACCCUGUAGUCCACGUUAUUAUUCCAUCCUGAACCGGCGAGGAAACUGGCGGCGUUGCGUUCAUAGGAGAUACAGCCGUCAAUCAAAAACAAACGUCCCAAACUGUUGCAACUCUGUCACGGUGGACAGACACACCUUGCUGUGUGUCGAGCCGACCAUCAGGAUGAGGCCUGGUCAGCUGUGUGUUCUGGUCCCAGCUUCCACUACCCUCCUCUUCCUCCUGGUCCUAUCAGGAUCUUCUCAGACCAGCGCCUGUAACAAGGCCCUCUGCGCCUCCGACGUCAGCAAGUGCCUCAUACAGGAGCUGUGUCAGUGUCGUCCAUCCGACGGGAACUGUUCGUGUUGUAAAGAGUGUAUGCUCUGUCUGGGGACCCUGUGGGAGGACUGCUGUGACUGCGUUGGGAUGUGUAACCCUAAGAACUACAGUGAUACUCCAGCCACCUCCAAGAGCACAGUGGAGGAACUCCAUCGACCAAUCCCCUCGCUGUUCCGAGCCCUCACGGAGGGCGACGCCCCUAUCAACAUGAUGGUGGUGUCCUUUCCCGUUGCCGAGGAACUAUCUCACCAUGAGAACCUGGUCUCUUUCCUAGAGACGCUUGACGACCAGCACCAGAACAUAUCGCUCCCCGCCAACAGCAUCCACGGCAGCUACGACACUCAAGAUAACAUGUGUACGGUGGUCUACUUUGACGACUGCGUAUCCAUCCGCCAGUGUAAACUAUACUGUGAGUCGAUGGGAGGGUCGAAGUACCGCUGGUUCCACAACGCCUGCUGUCAGUGCAUCGGCCCGGAGUGUCUGGACUACGGCAGCAAGGCUGUGAAGUGCACGAACUGUCUGUUCUGAAGACUGACGGUGGAUGGAUCUAUGAACUGUCUGUUCUGAAGACUGACGGUGGAUGGAUCUAUGAACUGUCUGUUCUGAAGACUGGCGGUGGAUGGAUCUAUGAACUGUCUGUUCUGAAGACUGACGGUGGAUGGAUCUAUGAACUGUCUGUUCUGAAGACUGGCGGUGGAUGGAUCUAUGAACUGUCUGUUCUGAAGACUGACGGUGGAUGGAUCUACGAACUGUCUGUUCUGAAGACUGACGGUGGAUGGAUCUAUGAACUGUCUGUUCUGAGGACUGACGGCUCCAUGGUGGUGGAGACGAGCACCAAAAAUAUGGACCAAAACAAUGGGUGGCUCCAGCGAGGGGCUAGACGCUGCUGAAGCCUUCUCAAAAAUAGCCUAGUCACCCCCCCCCCCCCCAUUGUAUUAGUACAUCAUAUACAGUAUUACAGGACCCCUUAGCUUGCCCCUUAGCUUGCCCCUUAGCUUGCCCCUGAGCUUGCCCCUGAGCUUGCCCCUGAGCUUGCCCCUGAGCUUGCCCCUGAGCUUGCCCCUGAGCUUGCCCCUUAGCUUGCCCCUUAGCUUGCCCCUUAGCUUGCCCCUUAGCUUGCCCCUUAGCUUGCCCCUUUAGCUUGCCCCUUAGCUUCCCCCUUAGCUUCCCCCUUAGCUUCCCCCUGAGCUUGCCCCUGAGCUUCCCCCUGAGCUUCCCCUGAGCUUGCCCCUGAGC